ACUUCUUUCUCUGGAGUCACUGCCUGGGUUCUCCACCCCAUCUGAGGUCUGAGCACCCUGCCACAUCAGAGCUGUUUCCACAGGAUUCCUUUAGGAGCAGAGUCACGAUGAGUGUCCAGAACCCCCUGAGACUCCUGGAACUGGCGGGAAUGAGCUUGCUGAGGGAUGAGGCCUCAGCCAUCACGGCUCUGAAGGAUCUGCCCACAGAGCUCUUCCCCCCAGUGUUCAUGGAGGCCUUCCAUGGGAGAUACAGUGAGACCCUGAAGGCCAUGGUGCAAGCCUGGCCCUUUGUCCGCCUGCCUCUGGGGGGCCUGAUGAAGAUGCCUCAUCUGGGAACCUUACAAGCAGUACUGGAUGGGCUUGAUAUCCUGCUUGCACAGAAAGAUCAUCCCAGGAGGUGCAAACUGCGGGUGCUGGAUUUAAGAAAUACCAGCCAGGACUUCUGGAGAAUGUGGUCUGGAGACAGGACCCAUGGAUGUUCAAGCUCACUGAUGGCACAAGUGGCUGAGGACAGGUCAAGGACAAAACAGCCCGUGGCUCCCUUGGAGGUAUUCAUAGAACUUCAUCUCAAGGAGAGGACCCUGGAUGGAUUCCUCACCUACCUCAUCAGGUGGGUGGAGCAGAGAAAAGCUUCCAUACACCUGUGCUGUAAGAAGCUGAGGAUUCUUUCAUUUCCCAUGGAAAAUAUUAUGAAGGUCCUGAGUAUGGUGCAGUUGGACUGUAUUCAGGAGGUACAAGUGAAUUGCACCUGGCAUCUGUCCACCCUGGCCAUGUUUGCUCCUCUCCUGGGCCAGAUGGGUAAUGUGCAGAGACUCCUUCUCUCCCACAUCCACCUGUCUGCACCUGGGGAGCAGGAACAGCAGCACUUUGUCCAAAUUACCUCUCAGUUCCUCAGGCUGCACCAUCUCCGGGAUCUCCAUCUGGAAUCUCCCUCCUGCCUUGAAGGAUGCCUGGACCAGAUGCUCAGGUGCCUGAUGACGCCCUUGGACAACCUUGCAAUAACUCACUGCCUCCUUUCGGAUUCAGACUUGAGCCAUCUGUCCCAGUGUCCGAACAUCAGUCAGCUAAAGAGCCUGGAUCUGAGUGGUGUCACCCUGACCUACUCUAGUCCUGAGCUCCUCCCAGUUCUGUUGGAGAAAGUUGCAGCCACCCUCCAGGAACUGUAUUUAGAGCAAUGUGGGAUCAGGGACUCUCACCUCGAAGCCAUCUUGCAAUCUCUGAGCCACUGCUCUCAGCUCAUGUUCUUCAGCCUGCGUGGAAACCUCAUCUCCAUGGCCAUCAUGGAGAAGCUGCUGCGACACACCUCCGGGCUGCCCAGCUUAAGUCAAGAGCUGUAUCCUGUCCCUCAGGAGAGUUACAGCUCUCAGGGGAUCCUCCAACUGGGAAGAUUUGCCCAGUGUCAGGCUGAACUGUUUGAGAUUCUGAGAGUCUUAGGACAUCCCAGGAUCAUCUGGAUUAGUUCCAGCCCCUGUCUGCACUGUGGAGAUAACAUAUUCUAUCAUCCCCAGCCCAUCAUAUACCUCUGAAAUACCCCUAACUACUUGGGUGCAUCUAAAAGCUUUCUUCUGAGCACUUGGAAACUGAUAUCUAGGACAUAGUUCCAUCAUGAAGGGAAAACAGACCCAUGGUUUCAGACAUCUGCUCAGUGUGAAUGGGAGAAGAAAAAGUGAUUAAGGGAGGGUGCAUGAAUGCAGAGGGAAAAGUUGACUCUGACAGGUAAUAGUCCUUUUGGGGAAAUGUGUCUUAUAGAGUUAGAAAUAUGAACCUAAAUUUCUGGAGGUGGAUUGAGUCUUGAGACCCAUGUGUUGGAGUUAUCCCUGGGUAGAUGGCUGUAAACGAAUGGUCGGAAAUAAAGAGACUCUCAGUGUAAACUGACUGCUGCCCUCCAUGCUGUAUUAUCCUGAUUUCUCAGUUUAUACCACAGGAAUCUCCAGAUACUGAUGGAAGAAAAAAAAUGGCUCUGAAUUGUCUAUGAUCUCUAAUCUUACCAUUCCUGCCAGUUCUUUAGUCUGGGGCAUCUCUUACUUCCUUGCUUAUUUCUGUGGCUGUUCUGUGGGUUAAUACACACAAAGAGGAACAUACUCAGUGGUCAGUGAGCCACUGGAGUGAAGAGCUCUUGGCAGGGCCCUCACUGCUGGCUCAGGCCAUGACCCUGGACGUAAGCAGUCCUCAUGGUUCUCCUGGUGGGUCCAUAAGUCUCAGUUCUUGACUUUUCAGUGUAGGGGGAAUGGGCUUUACUGCACAAGGCAUGGCUCCCAGUUCUGGAAGGGGUCAUCCACACUGCAGAUAAGCUGAACCUCUGGACCCAUGGUGAGUAAUGGUCCUUCCUGAAUUAAUCUAGUUGGAUCAGGGAAGUUACACAAAUUUCUUUUAGCAAACUACUA